AUGGCGGCGCCGACGCUCCCUACCCCGCGGUACGACCACGUGGGGCCGCGCGGGCCCUUCCGGGACGUGUACGAGCCGGCCGAGGACACCUUCCUGCUGCUGGAUGCUCUGGAGCGGGACGCGGCCCGCCUGAGGGAGGCUCGAGUUGAGAUCUGCCUUGAAAUAGGAUCUGGAUCUGGUGUGGUUUCAACAUUUCUAGCUUCUUCCAUUAUUGGAUCCAGUGCACUGUACAUAUGUACAGAUAUCAACCCGAUGGCAGCUUACUGUACACUGGAGACAGCUCUGCUUAACAAUGUUCACCUUCAGCCAGUCAUUACUGACUUGGUCAAAGGACUGUCUCCAAGAUUAAACGGGAAGGUUGAUCUACUGCUAUUUAAUCCACCAUACGUGGAAACACCUUCUGAAGAGGUGGAAAGCCACGGAAUAGAGGCAUCCUGGGCUGGUGGCAAAAAGGGCAGAGAAGUAAUGGAUAGAGUUUUUCCAUUAGUACCAGACCUGCUUUCACCAGGAGGAUUAUUCUACUUGGUCACAAUUAAAGAAAAUAAUCCAGAUGAAAUUCUGGAAACAAUGAAGAAAUGUGGCUUAGAAGGCACACGAGUACUUUCCAGGCAAGCAGGACAAGAGAUGCUUACUAUCCUCAAAUUUAGGAAGUCUUGCUAACUGCUCUUAACCUUCCGGAUAGUAGGCAUGCAGAAAGUUGAACACAGAGUACUGUGAAGUUGUCAAAUCAAUUUUUAAGCCAAGAUUUCCACCCUCUUAAGGUGUAUCUUCACUUCCUGAUAACUGCAGUGAAACUGAUCAAGACUCUGUAUUUAUUUUUAUUCUGGAUGUUAACCAGCUAUUAUCUGCUGUCAGAGGUACAGUUGUCCUCUGGCUAUCCGCAGGACAGUUGUGGGGGAACUGUGAAAUAUCCUACCUUGUUGCAUUUGCACUUAAGCACUAAAGACUUUUUCCUCUAUAAAUAUGUAUAUUUGUCAUUGUGGCUUAUUAAAAUAAUGUACUUGAUAUAAUUCUUCCUGUUUUAAUAGCUAGUCUGUACCUAUGCUGGGUUGAAAUGAAUACUUGGAAUCAGCGUUACUCAUUU